CUGCUGGCAGCCAGCGACAUUUGACUCUGACGGACACCUUUUUCAUCCCACGCUUUUUAGCCGUUCUGCAGGACUGCCGAGAGCGACGGGGGGAGAUACCUCAGCCAGCUGCCGCUGCACAUCCAAGGAAGUUAGUCGGAGCGGGUGCGACAGAAAACCGCCAUAACCAGCGACAAUCAGCGGCUUGCUAGCCCAACAUGGCAUACAAGAUCUUCCGCCGCAAGUGGAGGGUGAAGAGGCCGAUAUGGUUCCUCGUGGUUAUGGAGCUGGCCGCCCUUGUCCCGCUCCUCGUACUCUUUGGCAUCCAACGCCCCGAUCUGUACCGGACACGGUUCUGGAACAUUGGCUUCGACAUGAAGAUGAACUCCAACCCGAACAUGAUCCUUUACGCAUAUGCAAAUCACCGACCACUGCCCACCAUUCCUUUCGUGUGGUCGCAAACACUUACCGACUUCAACGUCGCCAUCUCGAUCAUCUCUCUCUUUACUCUCCUCACCAAGAUGAUCAUGUUCAUCAUGAAAGUCUGGUUCCCCAUCAUCGGUCUCCUACAGAGCUUCGCCAUGGUCGGGCUCUACACAGCCAGUGUUUAUGGCCAAGCCGGUCCUGACUACGCCGAUUCGAGAUAUCCGAGCCCGUCCCCUUGGUAUAUCCGCUUGAGCUGUGACGUCGCCAAGCCGUACAAUGCUACCAAGCAAUGUAUGAUGGCGAAGGGGACCUUUGCCGUGACGAUCUUCAUGCUCUCCGUCUACCUUGGCAAUCUCGGCCUAGCCAUCUGGUCGAUGCUUCCAAACAAGCAGCAAGCCGAGGGGGAUGAUGACGAUGAGGCCUCUUCAUCAGGCUCGCCAAUCACGGACAAGCAGUGGGAGAUGCAGCCAGUGACGCCGAGGACGGGAUUGCCCUUCACGCCGAGGACGCAGGCCUUCCACACGCUCGACAGGAGACUGCCCUUGCGCCAUCAAUGAGGCCCUCAACGACACACGCCAUAUAGGCUACUAGGCCACGGCUACUUAUGCUAUCUCAUCUCUUUGCGCCCUGGGUAACCGUAUCGGGCCCUUGUCGAAUGGGCAUGGCUGUACGUGUUGAAGCAACGGGCUCAGGCCCGCCAAUUCGCCUGCCGGCUGUGAGGGAUGUGUAUCUCCUUAUUAUUACUAUCCGGGACAGGGUCGGACUAAUUUCCUU